AUGACCAACAGCACCAACGCCACGAUGAAGGCCGCGCGCUACUACGACCGCGGCGACAUCCGCGUCGAGAACAUCCCCGUGCCCCCCGUCCUGCCCGGCACGGUCGGCAUCGAGGUCGCCUUCUGCGGCAUCUGCGGCACCGACCUGCACGAGUACCUCGACGGCCCGAUCUUCUGCCCGUCAGCGACGCACGCGCACGCCAUCUCGGGUGAGACGGCGCCCGUCACCCUCGGCCACGAGAUGAGCGGCACCGUCUACGCCCUCGGCGAGGGCGUGACGGACCUCAAGGUGGGCGACAAGGUCGUCGUCGAGCCGUACAUCAUCAACGAGGGCGUCGACACGUCGGCUGCGAGCCUCGACUACCACCUGUCCAAGGACAUGGGCUUCAUCGGCCUCUCGGGCCGCGGCGGUGGCCUCGCGGAGAAGAUCACCGUCCAGCGCCGGUGGGUGCACGCCAUCAGCGACAAUGUGCCGCUUGACCAGGCGGCGCUCAUCGAGCCGCUGUCGGUCGGCUACCACGCGUUCAAGCGUUCGAGCGGCAAGGCGGGCGACUUUGCGCUCAUCACUGGUGCUGGUCCCAUUGGCCUGCUCACCGCCGCUGUUCUCAAGGCCGAGGGCAUCACGGUCGCCAUCUCUGAGCCGUCGGCCCUGCGCAGGCAAAAGGCGACCGAGACGGGCGUCGCGGCGCACGUGUUCGACCCGCGCACGGACGACGUUGUCGCCAGGGUCAAGGAGCUCACGGGCGGCAAGGGCGCCGACAUCGGCUUUGAGUGCACGUCGGUCCAGCCCGCGUUCGACACGCUCAUCGACGCCCUCAAGCCCACCGGCGUGCUCGUCGUCGAGAGCAUCUGGGGCAAGAAGGCCUCGCUCGACAUGCAGAAGCUUGUGCUCAAGGAGAUUGACCUCCGCGGAACGAUCGCGUACGUCAACUCGCACCCCGAGACCAUCAAGCUCGUGCAGCAGGGCAAGAUCAACCUCAAGCCGUUCAUUACCGGCGUCAUCGGCCUCGACGGCCUCAUCUCUGAGGGCUUUGACACGCUCAUCAACAAGAACGAGACGGCUGUCAAGAUUCUCGUCAACCCCCGGGCGUAA